AUGCCCCACUCCAUGGUCGAAAGAGACAUUUCACUCACCAUGCAUGUGCCAGAACCUCUCCAUUUUCAGAAGAAGAGGAAGAAGAAGAUGGGUUACCUCAGAAUUCAAGUGUUCGUGAUCUUGGGUCUGUUGGCCACCUCGUGUUUGGCUCAGUCACCCGCAGCAGCACCCAAGCUCGCACCCACCGCCGCUCCCACCACCUCACCACCCACAGCCACACCGGCCCCGGCACCCACCACCGCCGCACCUGCACCCAGUGUAGUUACACCCUCACCAGCACCCACCUCUCCUACUAUUGCAGCCACACCUGAGUCUUCACCAACCUCAUCGCCACCUUCACCCAUCGCAGCCGCACCAGAGGGACCCGCAGCCGAGCCGGCGUCUGACGUUCCCAGCGGCGCGUACGUUCCACGUGGGUGGGCAGCUGUUGCUGGAACCGCUUUGGUCGGGUGCUUCUUCGCCGUCGUGUUGGCCUAG